AUCUCUGUCUCUUGUUCUCCUGCUGCCUCUGGUUCGGGAAUGACUCACCCUUCUCGACUUAAUGAAAUUCCCCUGACUGAGAGGACGAAGAUGGGCUCAGAAUAGGGGAAAAAAAGAAAAAGUGGGGCGGUGAAAAUCUUCAGUCACGAGGUGAAGAAGGGAGUGAAAUUGCUAUCCUGUAACUAAGGAUUCUCCGAGUCGCGGUACCUCCGGAGACGUUGGAGUCCACGCUGAGGUAGGAACUGUGUGCUGAAUCUUCCAAGUCAAUUUAGACAGACAUCCUGUUGCUUCAACAGCUGGUGACGGGAGACGCACGCCGUCAGGAUGCCGUUAGUGAAAAGAAACAUAGAUCCCAGGCAUCUGUGCCACACGGCACUCCCAAGAGGAAUUAAGAGCGAGCUGGAAUGUGUGACCAACAUAUCCUUGGCCAAUAUCAUCAGACAACUGAGUAGCCUAAGUAAAUAUGCGGAAGAUAUCUUCGGAGAGCUGUUCAACGAAGCGCACAGCUUUUCCUUUCGGGUUAACUCCCUGCAAGAGCGCGUGGAUCGUUUAUCCGUCAGUGUUACGCAGCUCGAUCCCAAAGAAGAAGAGUUGUCCCUGCAAGAUAUUACGAUGAGAAAGGCCUUCCGCAGUUCCACGGUCCAAGACCAGCAGCUGUUUGAUCGCAAGACGUUACCUAUUCCCUUGCAGGAAACGUACGACGUUUGCGAACAGCCUCCUCCUCUAAACAUACUUACCCCUUACAGGGAUGAUGGAAAAGAAGGGUUGAAGUUUUAUACCAAUCCUUCGUAUUUCUUUGAUCUGUGGAAAGAGAAAAUGUUGCAAGACACGGAGGAUAAGAGGAAGGAGAAGAGAAAGCAGAAGCAGAAGAAUCUGGAUCGUCCGCACGAACCGGACAAAGUGCCCAGGGCGCCUCACGACCGGCGGAGGGAAUGGCAGAAGUUGGCCCAGGGUCCGGAGCUGGCCGAAGACGACGCCGCCGACGCCGGCCUCUUACACAAGCACGUUGAAAUUGCCAACGGCCCCGCGGCUCAUUUUGAAACAAGGCCUCAGGCGUACGUGGAUCCCCUGGACGGAUCGUAUUCCCUGGCGGCGCUUCCCUUCAGUCAGAUGAGCGAACUCCUCAACCGAGCUGAGGAGCGGGUGCUGAUCCGACCCCACGAGCCGCCCCCUCCGCCGCCUCCGCCGCACGGGGCCGGAGACGCCAAGCCGACUCCUCCGUCUAUCAGCUCGACUCCGGGUUUGCUAGAAAGCCGUCCUCAGUCUCCGGCCCCGGGCAGGCCUCCGGUGUUCGCCGGCCCCCCGCCGCCUCCGCCGCCCCCGCCGCCCCCGCCUCCGCCGCUCCCGUCCGCCCCGUCGACUUCCUCGCUGAGAUCGUCGCUGACUUCGACGCCGCCGCCGCCCGUCCCGCCUCCGCCUCCGCCUCCGCCGCCGCCCGCCGCCCCGCAGGCCCCUGCGGUCCCGCCGCCCCCGGCCCCCCUCCAGAUCGGCCCCGGGGUGCUGCACCCCGCCCCGCCGCCCGUCGCGCCCCCUCUAAUCCAGCCCUCGCCGCCCGUGGCUCGGGCUGCCCAGGCGGGCGAGACUGUGGCGGUCCCCCCGCUUCCUCCCGGGGAGGUUCCCGGGCUCCCCCCGCCGCCUCCGCCCCCUCCGCUCCCGGCUCCCGGCGCCCGGCCGGCGUCCCCGGUCCCCGUGGCGCUCCACCCGCCUCCGUCCCCGACCGUCCCGGCUCCCGAGGCCAAGCGGCACCCGUCGACGCUGCCGGUGAUCAGCGACGCCAGAAGCGUCCUCCUGGAAGCCAUCCGGAAAGGUAUUCAGCUCCGGAAAGUAGAAGAGCAGCGGGAACAGGAGGCCAAACACGAGCGCGUGGAAAACGACGUUGCCACCAUCCUGUCCCGCCGGAUCGCCGUGGAAUACAGCGACUCCGAAGACGAUUCGGAGUUCGACGAGGUGGAUUGGCUGGAGUAAACCGGCGAUUGUCUCGGUAAACACUACAAAACCGAAUGCAGGUGUCUGUUGUGAUGCUCGUUCUUUGAAAACGUUUGGUAACUUCUAGUGUUUUGUAUUUCUUUCCCCCCCCCCCCCGUAAUUAAUCCGUGUUUUUUCUACCGUUCCGUUUACAAGAGAAGCGCUAGCGUAACCUAUGAAAUUAGAUGUUUUACAGUGGCUUUUCUUAUACUUUUUUUGGGGAGAUAACCUAAUUGGUUUUCCUAGACCACUGAGUAUCCCCGCAUGGGCAGUAGAAUAGCGUAUUCGGUUUCUGACAUAUCUUAAUCGUGCACUUUGUGAGUUUUAAGUUAACGAAGGUAAAGAAUGGAUUGAGGUUCCAAGGGCAGCUGUAGGUAUCAGUGAGCCUUAUUUCCUUUUUGUUCCCGCCUAACCACUGUAAAACUCGGCUCUCAAGACAUCGCCGUCUUGACGGCGGGGAGACCGUUAAACUUAGCGUUUGGCCGGAGCACCGAGUGGAAUGGGGAAAAAAAGACGUCUCGCCUCUUUUACUGUGUUGUUUUCAAAUAAUUCUCUCCUUAUUUGACUAUUUAGGGGCUCCCUUCCCUCCCCCAAGUACAUAUCGUGUGGUACUAUUUUGCCUGCCUUCAAGAAUUAAACGGUUUUCCCCUGUGAAAUCUCCCGACUUAUGCUGUGUAAUUUAUGUGACUGUUGAGCCUAACAGUUUGAUAAAAAUAAAUGGUUCGCUGGAAACGUU